AAACGGCUUGUUUGCCCUUGUAAGGUCUUGUUGGUCCUUUUUGUAGCAUCGUAACCAGAUCUAAAAUGGUACGAUGAUUAACUGUGUUCUUAAUGUUAUCACCGGCCUCAGAAACAACCACUGAAUCUAACAGUGCCCAGAUGGCGUUCCCUGAGCCUCAAUACAGCCUUGUUAUUGAGACACUCGCGUGCCCUGAGCCUAAAUACAGAGGUGUAUUGAGACACUUGUUGCAUCAAUUGUGUUUUCAAGCAGGUGCUGGCAUCCCUGAGGUCGUCACCAAUCUGGGGGACACUGACACUGAGGUGUUCACCAGAGAAGGAGAAGAUGCCAUCUUACCGUGUGGUCUGGGUUCCCCGGUGAACCUGAAGGAUGAGGUGUUUGACUGGAAGAAGAAGCAGCAGGAGGUGUUCUUCUAUGAAAAGGGCAAGGACUACAACCACGGCAAGCGUGGACAAGACCCCCAUUUCUGGCGCAGGGUGCACCUUCUCCCAGGGGGGCUGCAGGCCGGUAACGCCUCUGUGAACCUGACCAGUGUGACCCAGGCCGACGGCGGAGUGUAUUCUUGCUACUUCCCACGUCGGAAACUGACGAGAUGGAUCCGGCUGACUGUAGAGCGCGUCCCCGAUCACACUCCCCCAAAAAUCAGGAAGGCGGGCCAUCGGUUGACCGGCGAUCAUGAAGAGGUCCUCAGGAAUGGUCCAUGGAAGGCCAUAGGUGUUUCUUUUAUUGUUCUCUUUAUUUUAUCAGUUGUAGUUAAUAUUUACCAAUUUACCAAAACUAAUAACUGUAGGAAAGGUCAUGGUCCACAAGCAGUCCCUGAUUCUGAUAGUUCUGAUUGAAGCGGUGCCUUUUGGUCCUGUCCCCGUCGUGAUGCCGCUGUACAGCUGAACAUACCGUCUUUCGGUUGAGCGAUGGACACUUUUGGUCAUCUGAAGGUGUGCA